AUGGCAGAAGCCAUUUUCAAGCAUAAGGUACAGGAAUUAGGUUAUUCAGACUAUUUCAAAACUAUAGAUUCUUAUGGAACCGGUGGUUACCACGUCGGUGAUCCUCCAGAUUCCAGAUCAGCGAAGACUUGUCGUAAGCAUGGUGUUCCAGUAGACCAUUCGGCGCAACAGAUAACACCCAAGGACUUCAAGAAAUUCGAUUAUGUUAUAUGUAUGGAUCAGUCAAAUCUCUCAGACUUAUUGUUCAUGAAACCUAGAGAAUCUAAAGCCAGGGUUGCUCUUUUCGGCGAAUGGAAGGCUGAUUCUAAGUUCAAUACUGUUGUUCAAGAUCCUUAUUAUGGGGGUAUAAAUGGAUUUGAAACUAAUUUUCAACAAAUAAGUCACUUCAGUGAAGAGUUCUUGAAACGUGAAAUAGGUGAAUUGAACUAG